AUGUCUGAUAACGGGGAGAGAAUAGACAAAAUUGAUACUACAUCCAGUAAAGCUAUAAAACGUUUAGUAUUGGAUGCCGCACCUUUCCUCACUCAAGCUCCAAUCCGCGAUCUUGCAGAGGAAUUCUAUACAACACCACAAGUUAUCGCUGAAUUGAGAGACGAGAAGUCAAGAAAAUAUUUAGAAAUGUUAGAAAUACAAGGUAUUCAUAUAAAUGUACAACAAGCUGACCCUGUCAGUUAUGCUAAAGUUUCUAGCUUUUCUAAACUUACCGGUGAUUACAGCGUUCUUUCAGGACCUGAUAUGGGCGUUCUUGCCCUCACAUAUGCACUUGAAGUACAGGAGAAUGGUACAAAGAGACUGAGAGAUGCGCCAGGACAGGCAGCUGGAAAGAAGCCAGCUUCAUCCGAUAAGAUUGAUAAGAACGCAGCUCCUGCAGAUAACUUAGCUGAGAACGUAGAAAGUGUCAGCCUAGAUGACGCUCCUAAGAAAUCAGAGGAGGAGGAGUUCACAACAGUCACCAAAGGAAUGUCUAUAGCAGCCAAACCACGUCAGAACAAGAACACGCAAUCUCAGGAUGACUUUGGUAGCAUACAGGUUGAUAACAAGAGUGAAGAUGAAGACUCAGAUGACGAAGAUGCAGGAGAGUGGAUCACACCAGACAACGUUGAGGAUUACAAGGCUGUAGACCUUGGCCAUCAGACACCACAAGAGAAGAGCCAAAAGCCUACAUCUAAGAAGGCUCCAGCAUACCUCAAGGCUGCUUGUAUGACUGCUGAUUUUGCAAUGCAGAAUGUACUUAUACAGAUUGGUCUCAACCUCGUCGGUACGAAUGGACAAAGAAUCAAAAGUGCAAAGAGUUGGGUAUUGAGAUGUCACGCAUGCUUCAAAUUGUGUAGAGACCAAUCGAAGAAGUUCUGCCCUGCUUGCGGUAACAGCACGCUCCUCAGGACUUCUAUAACAACCUAUGCACCAAAAACAGCUGAUGGAGCACCAAUUGUCAAGGUACACCUCAAGAAGAACUUCCAAUACAAAAACCGUGGUACAAAAUACGCUAUACCUUCAUCUAAAGUUGGUAGUUCCAAGACUGGUAGUGGUUUACCUUUGAUUUUACGUGAAGAUGAUCCAGAUUUCCAACGUGCUGUUCAUUCAGAGCAAGUCGCAAAGCGUAAAGAAGAGAAGGCUUUGAUGAAAUCACUCGAGAAGGGUAAAUCAGGAUCAAAUAGUGCAUUUACAGGUCAAUGGAUGGAUCCAGAUUGGCUUCCUGGUUUGCUUGCACCGGACGCAAAGGGUAGACGGACAGGUGGUAGAGGAGCACAAAUUGGACAUGGAAGAAGAAAUCCAAAUGAAGUACGUAAGAAGAAGAAGUAAUGAUACAGUCGCUAUUGUAAUUAUUAUUAUAGAUCAAGCUACUAAAAUUUUUAUCUGCG